UCAUCGAAGGUAAAAUUAUCUCUUGCAGACAGUACUUGAACUGUUUGGCAGGAAUUUCGCUAUAAUGUACUUUUUCAAUGGAAAUUUCAGUUCAAAGUUCAUUCAAGUGAAGCUGUCACAAAUGAAACUUCCAGCUAGUUCUUUUCUGUUGAUGAUGAAGAGAGCCAUCUUCAACUCCAUUGUCAAGUCAAUCAAUCAAAAGCCAACAAAGCUACAUGAAGAGGAAUCUUCUAGAGAUUUUUGGUCCAGAUUGCGUUGUCCAAAUUGCCCUGAGGAAGGCAAUGUAGGCAGACUGUCUCCUCCGAUGAUAGCAAAUCAGGUCAAGAGGCAAGCAGAAGGUUUUAUUUCGAUGUACUACAGGGGCGUAAUGAUGUGUGAUGAUGAAACUUGCAAAUGCACCACACAAGUCUCAACCUCCAGCUUGUUGGUGAUUCUGAGAUUGGAAUAGUCUGUCCAAAUUAUCCUCACUGCAAUGGGCGUAUUGUAAGAUAGUACACGGAUGCUGAUCUGUACAAACAGCUCUCAUUUUUUGUGACGUCUUGGAUACAGUACACUGCAUAGAAAAGGUAAACUUGUUACUUGCUUCUGAAGCCAUCUCUGUUAUGAUCAAGUCUUGUCCACUCAGUGAUUUACUUAUCUUUUCACUGCAACUGGAUUUGGCAGAUGGAAUCUAGGACCAGACUGCCGGUAGAGUUAGAGCUGUCGAAAAUUCACCCAAUUGUGGCUUUGGCUGCCUCAACAGUUGAAAGGAUUCGAGAUCGCUGUGCGUAUGGGUGGAUGCAGCCGAAAGAUAUUUUUGUUACGGUUUAAACUGAGUAAAUCUCAACGUCAGCGGGUUGAACUUGAGUAUUACUUCUACCUGUUGUUGAACAUGUUGAGUGCCAGACGUGUCCUUGGAUUUAUAGUGCAGCUUUGAGCUUUUCUGGUGCGUCUGUCUCCGAUCAUCGAUUUGGUUCAUCCUGGUUUCAUCCCUUCCCCGUGCUGUUUCCUUAAUGGUAUCUCACAUCAGUGUGUGUGCAGGUACUGUGUACUGGUAUGGGAAAGCAGUGACUCCAAUAAUAGUCACAACCAUAUUAGAGUCCGGCUCUCCAAGUUAGGCUUAUUACUUGGUCACUCAAGAAUCAAGAUAUAUAUCCGUGUAAUUACAUCCCCACACUAAGGAGUCUAAUAUUGGAUAUGUAACUUCUAAAGAGAUAGACUACACAUUCAGUAGGUUCUUGAGCUA